CUCCCAGACUCACCUGCACCGCCAGCUCCAUUCCCCAGGGCUCAGAAGGACAGUUCACCUUUGACAUCACCCGCUGUCCUGCAUUCUGCUUUGGACCUCUGUCCUACCUGGCAAUGAGCUGUGAGCCCUGAGGCCAGCUGCACUGUCACCCUGGCCCAGCAUCUGAGUGACAUUCCUCUUUAAGAGAAAGAGACAUCAGAACUCGCCUUCCAGGGUUGUGACCUCCCCAAAGCUCCAGGACCAGCUUCUGCUAAGUAGGGCAGGACCAGGAAGUGGGGAGAUGCUGGGGGGGCUGGGCCCCCCUGGUGCCAGCAGGCAUCCUCUCAAGGCCCCUGACUCUGCACUGCCAGGGCAGAGGGCUGGGAGGGAGGGGCUGGACCAAGGCCUUGCCCUCGACAGCAGCUGUGAGCCGAAGGGAGGCCAGAGCCCUGGAGUCCCCAAGUUAGACGAGUCAGCAGACUGCUUGGGUGUCAAGUCCAGACGGGUGAAGACCCUGUGUGUCUGGGGUUGGCUCCUCCACUCCGCGUGUGUAUCCUCCAGGCAGGGCCAGGCUCGCUCUCUCUGCUCCCCACACCUUCCCUGCCCAGUGCCUGGCACGGAGGAAGGUGCCAGGGGGCAACUGGCAUUUCUUUGGAGUCUGGCAGGAGCUCUGGGCUUGGUCCUGGGACACCCCUUUGAUACUGUGAAGGUGAGUCUAGGGGAGGCGCCAAGAAAGGAGAGAUGUCAGCUGAAGCAGACAUCAGGGAGAGAGCAGGGCCUGGCUUGUGGAGGUUCUCCCUGCCUCUUCCUCCCUGCUGGGGUCCCGCUCGAAGGGCCCGAGGGCCGGGCUGGCUGGACGCCCGGCCUGCCUGCCUGCUCUGUCCUCCCUGUCCAGGUGCGGCUGCAGACCCAGACCACAUACCGGGGCAUCGUCGACUGUAUGGUCAAGACUUACCGCCAUGAGUCGCUCCUGGGCUUCUUCAAAGGGAUGAGUUUUCCCAUCGCCAGCAUAUCUGUGGUCAACUCCGUCCUGUUUGGGGUCUACAGCAACGCCCUGCUGGCGCUGACAGCCACCUCCCACCAGGAACGGCGAGCCCAGCCACCCAGCUACACGCACGUCUUCAUAGCCGGCUGCACCGGGGGGUUCCUGCAGGCCUACUGCUUGGCUCCUUUUGAUCUCAUCAAAGUCCGGCUACAAAACCAGACAGAGCCCAGGGCGAAGCCGGGGAGCCCCCCACCCCGGUACCGGGGCCCCAUUCACUGUGCCGCCUCCAUCUUCCAGGCCGAGGGGCCCCGGGGGCUGUUCCGGGGAGCCUGGGCCCUGACCCUGAGGGACACCCCCACCCUGGGAAUCUAUUUCGUCACCUAUGAAUGGCUGUGUCGCCAAUUCACACCGGAUGGCCAGAACCCCAGCUCGGGCACAGUGCUGGUGGCAGGGGGCUUUGCCGGCAUCAUCUCCUGGGUCGCCGCCACCCCGUUAGACGUGAUCAAGUCCCGGAUGCAGAUGGCGGGGCUGAAGCAGAGAGCCUACGGGGGGCUGCUGGACUGCAUAGUGAGCAGUGCCCGGCAGGAAGGACUGGGGGUCUUCUUCCGGGGGCUCACCAUCAACAGUGCCCGCGCCUUUCCGGUCAACGCCAUCACCUUCCUUAGCUACGAGUACCUCCUCCUCUCCUGGGGGUGAGCCAGGCCGGGUGACUCUGGCAGCUCCCCGGCGGGACCACCGCCCACCUACCCAAACUGGAGGCCAAGCUGAGAGCACCGGCUUGUGGGUCUGAUGCAGAGGGUGACUUUAUCAAGUCACCUCCAGUGCUCAGAUCAGACGGGGCUGGGGAGAUGGCAUGGGACCAGGAAGCCUGAGGUCCCUGGCGCGCCCCUCCCCUCCCCGCCAAGUCCAAGGCUGGCCCGGGCCUCUCAGCAGCACGUGCCCUGAUUCCUUUGCUUCCUGAAUCUGAGAAGUUAACUCAGAGCCAGCGGUGCUGGUGACAUUCCGCUCCCCCCACAUCCUGUGACUUUGCCCCUUUAAGAGCUGCUUGGUGCUAACCACCCUCCCUGGAUUCGAGUGAGGAGAUCCUCAUUCAGUCCCCACCUCACUUCCCUUCAAACCUCUCUGUGCGGGACUUGAGGGUAGCCUUUAUGCCUCCUCUAGUCCAGAAUCCUUCAGUGACUCCGUCACCUUCAGGAAAAGGCCCCCACCCCAUCCCCCGCCCCCCAACUUUCCUCUCCCUCCCUUCUCAGCAGCCCAGUCCUGCUUGAGGUCCCUGAACAAGGCGAACUCUCUCAUGGCCUCCCACCUAGAAGGUUCCUUUCCUCUCGGCCAGCAGUGGGCAGUGCUUGCAGGCUGACUCCCCCAUCCCAGGGCUGAGCCAGCUCCAACCUGGGCCACGUGCUGUCUCCUGAAGUCCUUCCUCAGCUCGCCUCCCCCUGCCCGGAACUGACCCUGAGGUUUCCAGACCUUUCUGCUCAUCCCCAUGCCUCGAUCACAGCCUUGGCCUGUACUUAAUCAUGGUUGCGGGUUUGCUUCUCGGCUUCCCAAUUAGACUGGGUGCUCUUUGAGGUCAAGGGUCAUAUUUCUGGUUGUUUCCCAGCACAGAGCCCCAUGCUUGAAGGAGCCUGAUAAAUGCUUGUGAAAUGAAGUGCACGCCCAACCUCCAUCCGCGACUCCAACCACCACAUCCCUGCCCCCCGCCCCCCACACCCUCUUACCGCUUCCACUGAGAGAGCCCCUCACCCGGCCCCUCUUGGGGUCUGCAGCGGAGCACUGUCUGCCUCUCCCACUCCCAUCGAGGGCACUUGUUUUCUUCACCAUCUCUAUUGCUAAGGGGGAAUUAAAAACUAGCUGAAAGGGUUCACUUAAUUGGCAAAUAAAGUGAGCAGAC